AUGGAGUUUCCACCAAGUGAGAUCAAGGCCCUAGUCGAGGAGAUCGCUCAAAUACUCCGCUCCAAAAACCAGACUCUUGCGAUCUCAGAGGCAGCAUGCGGUGGUCUUCUCUCCGCUUAUCUCGUUUCUGUUCCAGGAGCUUCGGACUUCUACAUUGGAGGUAAGCUCGUGUACUCUGUUAGACAGAGAUUGAGACUCUCGGGAUGGUCAAAUGAGGACAUUUCCAGCUAUGUGGGUCCUUCUAAACAGGUUGCCUUGAAAUUGGCCCGCACUACAAAGUACGACUUGGGUUCGACGUAUGUGCUUUCCGAGACGGGUUUUGCCGGUCCAACUACCGAUUUGCAUCUCCAGACAAGCAGCAAUCUUGACGCUGGAGUUGGCACAGUGUACUUUGGAGUCAGCGGCCCUACUGGAGACCACGCCGAGGAGUUAUCUACGGGAAAUGGUGAUAGAUCAACGAACAUGACCGAGUUUGCUCGCUUGGGCCUCAAAUUCUUGUUGAAAACGCUCAAGGAGGGUAAAUGA